GGCCAGAAGCAGGAGGAGAUGUACCCGGUGGUCGCCACCAACUAUGGCAAGCUGCGGGGGGUGAGGAAGGAGCUGAACAACGAGAUCCUGGGCCCGGUGGUGCAGUACCUGGGGGUGCCCUUUGCCACCCCGCCCAUCGGCGAGCGGCGCUUUCAGCCUCCCGAGGCGCCCGCCUCCUGGACCGACGUCCGCAACGCCACCCAGUUCGCCCCCGUCUGCCCGCAAAACAUCCACGGCAUGCUGCCCGAGGUCAUGCUGCCCAUCUGGUUCCUGUCCAACUUGGACGAUGUGGCCACCUACAUCCAGGAACAAAGCGAGGAUUGCCUCUACCUCAAUAUCUACGUCCCCACGGAGAACGGUCCUCUCACAAAAAAAUCCGAUGAUAACGGCGCAUUUGACAGUCCAGAAGAUGAAGAUAUCCGAGACAGUGGGCCCAAGCCUGUGAUGAUGUUUGUUCACGGGGGAUCGUAUAUGGAGGGCACAGGGAACAUGUUCGAGGGGAGCGUGUUGGCAAGCUAUGGCAAUGUUAUAGUUGUCACCAUAAACUACAGACUGGGCGUACUCGGCUUCUUAAGCACAGGAGAUAUGGCCGCCAAGGGUAAUUAUGGCCUGCUCGAUCAGAUCCAGGCCUUACGGUGGCUGAGUGAGAACAUUGGCUUCUUUGGCGGUGACCCCAUGAGAAUCACUGUUUUCGGAUCGGGUGCGGGUGCCUCUUGUGUCAACCUCCUGAUUCUUUCUCACCAUUCUGAAGGACUUUUCCAGAGAGCCAUUGCCCAGAGUGGCACCGCCAUAUCAAGCUGGUCCGUCAACUACCAACCUGCCAAGUACACCCGCAUCCUGGCCAAGAAGGUGGGCUGCAACUUUGCAGAGACGGUGGAUGUGGUGGACUGUCUGCGGAGGAAGUCCUACCGCGAGCUGGUCGACCAGGACAUCCAGCCCACCCGGUACCACAUCGCCUUUGGGCCGGUCGUCGACGGCGAUGUCCUGCCCGAUGACCCCGAGAUCCUGAUGGAGCAGGGCGAGUUCCUCAACUACGACAUCCUGCUGGGGGUCAACCAAGGGGAGGGCUUCAAGUUUGUGGAGUCGCUGGUGGACAACGAGGACGGCAUCUCGGCCAGCUACUUCGACUUUGCCGUGUCCAACUUUGUUGACAACCUCUACGGCUACCCAGAGGGCAAGGACAUCCUGCGAGAGACCAUCAAAUUCAUGUACACGGACUGGGCCGACCGUGACAAUGGCGAGAUGCGGCGCAAAACCCUACUGGCCCUCUUCACCGACCACCAGUGGGUAGCGCCCGCCAUUGCCACUGCCCGCCUGCACGCCGAGUACCAGUCGCCCACCUACUUCUACACAUUCUACCAUCACUGCCAGAGCGAGAUGAAGGCCGUGUGGGCUGAUGCCGCCCACGGAGACGAGAUCCCCUACGUGUUUGGCAUCCCCAUGAUCGGCGUCACCGAACUCUUCCCCUGCAACUUCUCCAAGAACGAUGUGAUGCUCAGCGCUGUCGUGAUGACCUACUGGACCAACUUCGCCAAGACCGGAGAUCCCAACAAGCCAGUUCCCCAGGACACAAAAUUCAUCCACACCAAACCUAAUCGCUUCGAGGAAGUGGCCUGGACUAAAUUCAACUCCAAGGAGAAGCCCUAUCUCCACAUCGGCCUAAAGCCAAGGAUCCGAGAGCACUACCGAGCCAACAAAGUGGCCUUCUGGCUUGAACUGGUGCCGCACCUGCACAACCUCCACGACAUCCUGCAGUACACCUCCACCACCACCAAGAUCCCGCCCGAGGACCCCUUCAUGACCAAACGGGCCCACGGCAAAGGCUGGACGGUCACCACCAAGCGGCCCUUCAUCACCGCGCCCCCCGAGCAGGAGCACACCGAGCAGCCGCCCAACUACGCCCGGCUGCCCGAGGACUCGCGGGAUUACUCCACCGAGCUCAGCGUGACAGUGGCCGUGGGCGCCUCGCUGCUCUUCCUCAACAUCCUGGCCUUCGCCGCUCUCUACUACAAGCGGGACAAGCGCCACGAGCUCCACCGGCGGCUCAGCCCCCAGCGCAACACCACCAACGACCUGGCCCACGCCCAGGAGGAGGAGAUCAUGUCCCUGCAGAUCAAGCACAGCGAGCACGAGGCCCACGACCUGGAGCCCCUCAGGCCCCAUGAGAUCCUCCGGCCGGCCUGCCCGCCGGACUACACGCUGGCCCUGAGGAGGGCACCCGACGAUGUCCCCCUCAUGACCCCCAACACCAUCACCAUGAUCCCCAGCACCAUCAGCGGGAUGCAGCCUCUGCACUCGUUCAACACCUACCAAACCGGGCACAACAACACCCUGCCCCACCCACACUCGACCACCAGGGUAUAGUCAGGGACCUCGACGGAGGCUCGGCCCCUACGCCAUGCUAUGAAGGAA